AUGAGUUCUCAAAGCAUAAUUAAGACUCUGUCGCCGCCUUUUGGCCCCUCUUUUGAUGUUGUUAUCACGUUACCAAGCAGCAGGCCUCUUGCAAAUGUGAGAAAUAUGGUUCCAAUAACGAUUCACAUAAGCACCGAAGGAUCAAAUGCCAAUUUGGGAUGUUACGUAUACUCGAUCGCUGAUACAAGAAAACAGACAACUGCGCCACAGGUAUAUCAGACUUUGCUAAACAACGCAUCAGAAACCCUUGUGGACCUUGGGAAGCGAAUGGGACAGCUUGUAUCCAAAAAGUAUCACGUCCCCAGCUACGUUAGUUUGAGUGGGCAAUUUUCACAUACGGACUUUGUCGUUGCCAUUCAAGAAACAUUCGCAUUGAUGGAAGACUACUGGCAAAAUACGAGUAAAUAG